UCAUGCAGUGACGUUGCUGGUGCGAUGCCCGACUAUAAUCGUCGUCAAAGAGAUAGCGUCAUCUAGCUUCAAUAAGAUCUACACCUUUAGCAAUCUAGAACAGAAUUUGCAUUACGUUAUUGAAAUAGUAAAAAACACCAGUUUGAAUGUGCAGCCUUUACCGUGUACGGAACAAGUCGUCAUGGAGGAUGUGUUGAUUCACGCAGUAAAGCCGUCCUUUUUCUUGCUCACUCCCCAUCCUUACAGACAGGAAAUGCUUGAUGACAUCAACACCAAUGCAAAGAACCUUAGCAACAAACGACCCACACGCGCUCCGUCUGCCAAUGCCAUCCGAAAUAUCGACAUUUCUCGACCAAACGAGCGGACAUCCAGUCUACACGCGACCGCAAUUAGAAGCUCCGGGAGUUUACCGAGAACGCCAUCUAUCGAGACGCCACUCGGACUAGUACGGAAUACAUCGUCAAACUCCAUGGAACCAGUUCGCAUGCAUAGCGGAACCAGCUCGGAAAAUUUUAAGCGGGAAAUCAGUACAUAUAAAUUGAAUGCCAUGCCCGCUUUAGCUGAAGAUGAGAUUGUUCUAGACGAAGAAACCGGUUCAAGCAGACGUUCAUCUAAAACAAACGAUAAAUCGAAAAUCAAGCGGACUAAACCGAAACGAGUUUCUCAAGAUGCAUUUGCAGAAGUUGAGCUAGAAUCAGAAGACAUGGCGGAGUCUGGCAAUCUGGUUCCUCCCGCAGUGGGUAAAAAGGAGGCGUCGCGAAGAUUCACGAGGGUUAAAAAGUUCUUUGUAAGAUUUUUCGCAUGCACCAGGGCUAACAAAAAUGACGAGUUCGAAAACGGACAACGGGUCUGAUUCUCAGCUUAACAAACAAUACCAUAAUUUGCUUCUUAGUUAUUGCCUUCAAAUUGCUUAUUUGAUUAUAUAUCAUUGCGAUAGAAAUUAAAAGAACAAUUUGUUUA